UCAUCUCCCCCGACGCUCAAGUGUCAAGUCACUGAGCCGCCAAAAUGCUCGUGUCACUGAGACUACCUUCUCUGAGCUCGCUCUUCUCCCCCUCCAUCUCCUUCCGUCAUCCGGCGGUGCUCCUGCGACGCUACCACCGCUGGUUCUCGGUAUUCGCAGCCGGUUUCUCGGCUCAGAGCACGGUGUCGGUGUCCAACGAGGACGCAGUCCAUAGUCAAAAGAGUAACCGAGUCCAGGACCGAGGUGUAACACCUCGGUCACAGGACUUCAAUGCUUGGUACCUUGAUGUCAUUGAACAAGCUGAGCUCGCCGAUUAUGGUCCGGUUCGCGGAACCAUGGUCAUUCGUCCCUACGGUUACGCCAUUUGGGAAGCCAUUCAGUUUAUACCAUACUCGUUUAUAGAGAAAGAAGCUAGCCAUGUUGAAGGUUUUAGUCCUGAGUUAGCACUUGUGACGAUAGGAGCAGUGAAGGACCUUGAAGAGAAACUUGUGGUUCGACCCACGAGUGAAACCAUAGUCAAUCACAUGUUCACCCAGUGGAUUCAUAGUUACCGUGAUCUUCCACUUAUGAUUAACCAGUGGGCAAAUGUCACGAGAUGGAAGAUGCGGACAAAACCUUUUGUGAGGACUCUUGAAUUUCUCUGGCAGGAGGGACACACAGCUCAUGCCACUCUAGAGGAGGCAGAAAAAGAGGCUAUACAGAUGAUUGAUGUGUAUACAAAAUUUUCUUAUGAGCAAGCUGCAAUACCUGUUAUUGCAGGUCGAAAGUCAAAAGUGGAAACAUUUGCUGGUGCUAUUAGGACCUACACAAUAGAGGCUAUGCUGGGUGAUUGAAAGGCAUUACAGGCUGGAACCAGCCACAAUAUUGGGCAGAAUUUUUCUCGUGCAUUUGAAACACAGUUUACUGAUGAAAGUGGACAGAGGCAACAUGUGUGGCAGACUUCAUGGGCUGUCAGUACCCGUUUUGUUGGCGGUAUUAUGACCCGUGGAGAUGAUACAGGGUUAAUGCUUCCCCCAAAGAUUGUACCAAUACAGGUGGUAAUCAUACCAAUUUGGAAGAAGGAUGAGGAUAGAGCAGGAGUUCUCAAUGCUGCAUCAUCUGUGAAAGAAGCACUGCAGGCUGCAGGGAUUAAAGUUAAACUUGAUGAAUCUGAUCAGAGAAGCCCAGGAUGGAAAUUCAAUUUCUGGGAGAUGAAGGGAGUUCCUUUGAGGAUUGAAAUUGGUCCUCGUGAUGUUUCAAGUGGGAGUGUGGUUGUAUCUAGAAGAGAUGUUCCUGGAAAGCAAGGGAAAGUUUUUGGAAUAUCUAUGGAGCCUUCAAAUUUGGAGGCUUAUGUGAAGGACAAGUUGGAUGAGAUCCAGUCAUCUCUUUUGAGACAAGCAGAAUCAUUUCGAGAUAGCAAUAUUGUGGAUGUAAGCUCAUAUGAUGAACUCAAAGUUGCAAUCUCCCAGGGCAAAUGGGCAAGAGGUCCUUGGUCCGCCAGUAAUGAAGAUGAGUUAAAAGUAAAAGAGGAAACCGGGGCAACGAUCAGAUGUUUUCCCUUUGAACAGCCGUUAGGGAUUAAAAGAUGCUUGAUGACUGGUAAUCAUGCAGAGGAAGUUGCCAUUUUUGCAAAGUCAUACUAAGUUUCCAGGUUUCCCUCGGAUCACAACACCCAACCGGUAUCGUUACUACUCAGUCUGUGUUUUAUCAAGCUUUCUUUCAAUAGACUAUAGAAGAUUGGACCAAACGAUGUCACAUACAUCUAUAAAUUGUCAAAAGUGGUUCAUUUGCUAAAUUCCUUGAUUCUUCUCCUCUUUGGAGGAGGAUGAUUGAGAUGUAUUGUUAUUGUUUUUAGGUCAUCAAGAAAGUAUUGUUGUUUAUAUCAAAUAAGAAAGUAUUGUUGUUCGGUGGUACUGGUACGUGCCCAUUUUGACUC